AUGCUCCAGAUAAAUCCCUGCAAAAUCUACUUUGCUGGUCUUGAGGUCAACGUCUCAAACCGUGUGCUACGUCAUUUUCCAGUGGAUAUAGAGAACUUCAUUCGUGUUACUUUUAUCGACGAAGAGUUGGAUGACAUUUACUUUACAGACUUGGCUCCACAUGGAUCAUCUGCAAAUGAUACUAAGAAAGGUGCUCUUUAUACUUUGCGCAAUGGUGUAGUUGUUGGCAGUAAGAAAUUUGAGUUCCUUGCUUUCUCAACCAGCAGCUGCGGGAGAACUCUUGCUGGAUGUUUGCUUCUAGAUCCAGCCUAA